GAUUUCAUAUUUCUUUUUCUUAAGCUUUCGUUAACUUUGCAAUCGCGCUCAAUUCGUAUCUUCACUUUCUUCACACACACGCACAACUUUUAAAAAAUACUUAUAUAUCUACAUCUACGCAAAAAGGAACGAUGUCCGCUCUCACCAAACUUAUUCCCAACACCGAAAACCUCCUCAAACAGGCUGCCACCAUGCCGCUUUCCUCCAUCUCGUCCAAGUACAUUCUUCUGUACUUUUCCGCGAGUUGGUGUCCCCCAUGUCGUGGCUUCACUCCCAUUCUUGCCGACUUCUACAAUAAACUCCACAAGGAGAAGAACUUCGAGGUCGUUUUCGUUUCUUGGGACGAAGAGGAGGAGGACCACACGAAAUACUAUGAAAAGAUGCCAUGGCUUGCCAUCCCCUUUGAGCAAAGCGAUACAGUGAAAUUACUUGCUAAUCGCUAUUCCGUGGAGUCGAUCCCGACCUUGAUUGCAAUUGAGGCGGAGACAGGGAAUGUUAUCACCACCUCCGGGGUUUCAAAGGUCCGGGAGGAUCCCGAGGGGAAGAACUUUCCUUGGACUAAUAAAAAAUAGGCAUUGUGAUUCUUAUCGUAUCCACACAAUUUUCUAGGUUUAUAUUAUUAUUAUUAUUAUUAUUAUUAUCAUUAUAACUAAUAUUAUCAGAUCGGAAAGUACAUGGUGCCCUUUUUUCCUCCACACAUAAUAUUAGGCAUAAUUAGGAGUAUGAAAAUAUGCCAUAUUAUUUUCUAGAAAUCUCUUAAGAGUGUAUGUACUAUACUGAUCGAAUUUUUCGUAAAAUAUUAUUUUAUUAUUCCUUUUGUUACUAUUUAUUUUACGCUACGUUUUUUUAGCCUAAUAUGUCACCGUAUUAGAUAAAA